UGGUCCUCAAAAUCUUUCCCAACCAUAUAUGCCCCAAUUUUUGGCAAUCCAUUACGGUUGGCCAUAUCUAUACAAGCCCUUUACCAAAACAAAUACACUGCUAUAAGCGGUGUAAAAAGAUAUCUUAGAACAACUUGUACCAGAGUCUUUUCUGAUAUACUAUCUUCAAAACUCCAAUCCGAUUAUUCAAUUCAAUUUAUCCCAUACCAAAUGAUUCGAAUUCCUGGAUCUCCAGAUCCAAUUUUUGGUUUCAUCUACCUCAAAAUUUGGCCACAAAAUCAUGUCUUUUCCACAAAUUAUGACAUAUUUUCGUGGAUACAUGCAUUGGGCUACAUCGAGGAUGAAGAGGACCGAAGCCUAUAUCUGACAUUUUCAAAAGGUGAAAUUGUAUCGGAAGAUGAGGUGAGAUCAUUAUUCACCUUAGAAUUUGGAGACUGUGUCCAGCGUGUUCAUAUGCCAGAAAUUAGGCAUAGCCAACAAAAUCUAUUUGCUCGUGUUUCCCCGAAGUACGUCGAGACUACAGAUAUAAUACUUAAAGGUAAAAGUCUGAUCAAGUUUAAGAUUAGAGGAGGAAAGCAUGUUUGGGCAAAGAAAUAUAGAUAUCAAAACUCCAAAAAGUAAAGAAAUUUAUAAUUUGAAAAGAUAUUGCCCGUUAAUAAUUGUAAUGGUUUGCUUAAUUUUUUUACUCUCCUAUAUAAUGCUAUUUGUAUGUGUGAAAGAAGAUAAUUGUUUGCUAUGAGUUAAAGAAACAUGGUGUGUAAACCAUCAAUUUUCUAGUAAAUAAAAUAUAUUAAUUACAGAAAAAAUAAAUAAAUAAAUAAAUAAAUUGCGGAAGUAUUAAUUUAAAGGAGAGAUCACUGCCACACUUAACCACAAUGUCAAAUUUUAAGGCUUACAAAAUCACAUGAUCAACUUGCUUAAUCAAUCUUGAAUGCCCACCAUUAUUUACAAUUGUAAUAAAUGGAUCGUCAUGG